UUCGCGCCCUUUGUUUUGUGUCAGUUAGACGUCAUUACAAGGUUAAAGCAAAUUCAUUCUUAUUUGAACGCAUUAGAAUAUUAAUUACCGUAUUGAAUUUCUGUAACAUUGUUUACAUUUUGACAGUCAGAAGUUUGGUUAUAAUCGUAAAAGUGCUAGAAUUCGUUACUGAUUUUAUCGUUUUCCAACAUGAAUAAAUUGAAUAAUGUAUUUAUUACAAUACUGUGGUGCAAUGUUAACAUAUGAAUUGCGUUAAUAAAUUAUUUUUACCGUGUAGAUUAGUUAUAACCAGUGCUAAUAGAUUCGUUUGUCCAUCAGUUAGAUUUCUUCAGAGUUCAAAGCACAGAAGCCUUUUAUUUCCUAAUAUAGAAACUUUACAAGUAAGAACCAUGGCUCAGAAGAGUAUUAUGUCGUUCUUUAAAAUCACACCGAAGAAAGACGCGGAAAUUAAAAAGGAACAACCUGAAAAUGACACAUCUCUUGAAGAUGCAGAAAUGAAAGAACCAUCACCAGUCCAAAAUGGAAAGGAUAAGAGGUCCUCAAAAAGGCAGAGGCUGGACAGCAAUAGCAGUGAGUCCCAGUCUCCGAAGAAGGAGAGUCCACCGACAUCUGUUACGAAAAAGAAGGUCAAAAGACAACGAAUAGAGAGCUCAGAUAGUGAAUCAGAACCUAUUAAAUCACCUGAAAAAUCACCCGGCAAAUCACCUGAGAAAUCAUCUGAAAAGUCACCCGGGAAAUCACCACCGAAGUUAACGGAAACAUCCCCAGUGCAGUCCCCGGUGAAGGAGAUAAAAAUAGAGAAGAGUGAGAAUGUGAAGACCUACCAGUCACCGAAGAGUAAGAAGGCUAAAGGGAAGAAGGAGGGCAAGAAUGAAAACAUUGCCAAAAACGUGAUAAAAAAAGAAAAAUCGCCACCACCAAAGAGUCAAACAAUAAAGAAAGAGAAGUCUCCGCUUAAAGAGAACGGAAAAGACAAGACUCCAGAGAAAAAAACCAAAGAGGUCAAGAAGGAAGCUAGCGUUAAGAUGGAAAAAGAAACUGGACUGGUUCCAGAAACCGAAUACGACCCCACAAAGUCGAAAUACCACCCGGUCAACGACGCCUGCUGGGCGCCGAAGCAACCCGUCCCGUACCUAGCCCUCGCCAAGACACUUGAAGCCAUCGAGGCCAUUUCAGCACGACUCAAGAUUAUAGAGAUACUGAGCAAUUAUUUCAGGUCCGUGAUAGUGUUAACUCCGGAGGACUUACUUCCGAGUGUGUAUCUCUGUCUGAACCAGAUCGCGCCAGCGUACCAUAGCUUGGAGCUCGGCAUAGCAGAAACCUACCUAAUGAAAGCCAUAGGCCAGUCCACCGGCCGUACCCUAGCCCAGAUGAAGGCAGCGGCUCAAAAGACUGGAGACCUCGGCGCCGUGGCAGAACAAGCUAGGUCUACACAGAGAACCAUGUUCACACCGCCACCUUUGAAGACCAGAGCUGUGUUCAAUGCUCUUAAAGAGAUCGCUGGAAUGACUGGUCAGGCCUCGGUUAAUAAGAAAAUAGGCAAGAUUCAAUCGCUGUACGUCGCGUGCCGCUUUUCAGAAUCCCGAUACUUAAUAAGAUCGCUGGAAGGCAAACUCCGCAUUGGUCUCGCAGAGCAGUCAGUGCUACAAGCGCUCGCACAAGCAGCUGCCACGUCUCCGCCCGGAUCUGAUGUCCUCGACGCAAGCCAGGGACUGUCGGCCGCGGAGUUCAAGGCUAUAGUCGACGAACAAGCCCUUAUAAUCAAAACUACGUACUGCGAGUGUCCGAACUACGAACUUAUCAUCCCGGUACUAUUAGAACACGGGGUAAAGGCGCUUCCACAACAUUGCAAGCUAACGCCGGGUAUACCGCUCAAACCUAUGUUGGCACACCCUACUAAAGGCGUCCAUGAGGUGCUUAAUCGAUUCGAAGGCACGCGAUUCACUUGCGAGUACAAAUAUGACGGCGAGCGCGCGCAGAUCCAUGUGCCGAAGACUGAGACUGAAGGGAGAGAGGUCGCUGACCUUACUAAAGCGUCUAUCUUCAGUAGGAACCAGGAGAAUAAUACUACGAAAUACCCGGACAUCCUACAGCGGCUACCUUCACUGCUGAAAGCGGAGGUGUCGAGCUGCGUGUUAGAUUGUGAGGCCGUCGCGUACGACACAGUCAAUAAGCAGAUUCUGCCUUUCCAAAUCCUCUCCACCCGUAAGCGCAAGGACGCCUCAGCAGGCGACAUCAAAGUGCAAGUGUGUGUGUUCGUGUUCGACCUGCUCUAUCUGAACGGGCGCGCUCUGGUCAGAGAGCCGCUGGAAGAGAGGAGGAAACUGCUGAGAGAUAACUUCAACGAGGUCGAAGGUGAAUGGCAAUUCGCAACGGCCAAAGACUGCAGUUCCAUGGACGAAGUGCAGCAGUUCCUGGAGGACGCGGUGAAGGGCAGCUGCGAGGGGCUCAUGGUGAAGACCCUGGAGGGGGAACACGCCAGAUACGACAUCGCCAGGAGGAGCCACAACUGGCUCAAGCUAAAGAAAGACUACCUAGAUGGCGUAGGCGAUACCAUCGACGUUGUGGUAAUAGGCGGGUACCACGGUCGCGGCAAGCGGCGGGGCGUCUACGGGGGCUUCCUACUGGCCUGCUACGAUAAUACCAGCGAAGAAUACCAGGCGCUCUGCAAGAUCGGCACUGGCUUCUCUGACGAGGAUCUGCAGACGUUUACCAAGACGCUGGAGGAACAUGUGAUUGAGGCGCCGAGAAAUUAUUAUAGGUACGACCCCUCCCACGCGGCGGACGCGUGGUUCGCGCCGGCGUGCGUGUGGGAGGUGCGCUGCGCCGACCUCUCCCUCUCGCCCGCGCACCGCGCCGCCGCGGGCCUCGUCGACCCGGAGAGGGGGGUGUCGCUGCGGUUCCCCAGAUUUAUCCGCGUCCGUGACGACAAGACGCCGGAGCAGGCCACGUCGGCGCAGCAGAUCGCACAGAUGUACCUCUCGCAAGACCAGGUCAAGAACUCCACCAGCAAACCCGUCAACUUUGACGACUUCUACUAGAUGACGUCACGUUUAUCUCGUCGCGACAUGUCGGAGCAGGCCACGUCGGCGCAGCAGAUCGCACAGAUGUACCUCUCGCAAGACCAGGUCAAGAACUCCACCAGCAAACCCGUCAACUUUGACGACUUCUACUAGAUGACGUCACGUUUAUCUCGUCGCGACAUGUCGGAGCAGGCCACGUCGGCGCAGCAGAUCGCACAGAUGUACCUCUCGCAUGACUAUCGUUCCAAGUUUUCUUUACAACACCUUAUUAUAAUUAAUUAAGUGCUCCACGCAAAAUUGUUAUUUUUGAUGGUAUAAAAUAAGAUUAGGUACUAAUCUAUUUUUUAUUAUUACAUGUAUAUUUACUAUACGAUGAUGGUUCGCUGUGCGUACCAGAACUACCAGAACCCCUAAUGUAAAUUUCAUCGGAUAGCGUGACGAGACGUACGCGUUUGCGUUAAAUUAUAUUUUCUCAAACAUGCAAUGAAAUAUUGAUGUUAUGUUCCUUAUAAUAGGCUGCGAAGUAUGACGUUUCAGGUGCGGCUAGGACAAAAGGUACUUAAUGGAAUUUCAUACACAUCUUGCAGGCCUAGGCCGGCAAAGUCCUCUUUUUUAAUUUUCAUUUCACAGAUAUUUGUGACACAGCAUCGUGGCAUUCAUCCAUUAAAAAAAACUAGAGGCAGUAUUUGCUUUAUGGUUCGUAAUGACACUCUGCCACUACGCCUAUAAAAAAAAAAAACAAUGUUUGCUAUAAUUUGCAGUUUUAUUUGUAUAAAAUUAACAUGAACUUAAUAAAUAAUACAUUCUAUAAUUUUAAAUUAUAAAUUUAACUACACAAAUAAAAACAAUUAAACUAUUUCAUCUAAACGUUAGCGGUAAAAAGGUCUACUCAAACACGCGUAGUUAUAUUUUUUAAAUUGUUAUGGAGGUAAAGUUGAAAAAUAUUCAUUCUGUUUUAUUGGAUUUAUGGUCGCUUGUUGAUUUUUUUACUUUAAUAUGAGUUCCGACGAAAAUAUAAUGAAAUUAAUAUUAAUUGUAAUCGUAGGUGUUGGAAUUGGCAGCGUAAGCAGAAUUGAUUUUAAAUAACUUGCUGCCUCUGCCGCCAAGUCAAAGACGAAGUAUGUUAUAUGGUUGCUUAUGGCAAUUUUAUUAUUAGAGAAACUAAGAAAAAUGGUUUACAGUUUAUUAAAAACAGUUUUGUGGCAUAUUUUAAAUGAAUGUAACUACAAAUUCGUCAACAUUGUGAAAAUUAUACUUAUUUACUCCAUGCAUAAAGCAACGAUGUAUGUGAAACAUGAUAUCAACAUGAAAGACUAUGUAAACUUAUGUGACGAAAACGACAGUCAGACGGAUACAAGGCGAAAAAAUCAAAGAUACAUGAAAAUAUACGGGCAGUAAAAAUACACGACUCGUGUAAAACAUACGCGUGAUAAUGAUAUAGGUACGUGUUGGUUAUAUUUUGGGUGUAGUUUACUUUUAGUUUUUUCUAUAAAUAAAACUUGGGUUUCUUGGAUUUUUUAUUUUAUUUAUUUCAUUGCAUGUUUGAGAAAAGCACUAUACAUACCUCGGCGGGAAAUGGGGUUGCCCGCGCUCAGACCUAUCCGGCCUCGCUUCGCUCGGCCGUCUAUAUGUCUUCGGCCGGCAACCCCUUUCGUCCCGGCCGCUGUAGUAAUGUACUAUUAUAAGAGAUAUAAGGAUGUAAAAUAAUAAAACAUUUCAUCGUCAAUUAUCUUUUAUUUCAUCGAUAAACCUAUAAUAAGUGCUUACGAUAACUUAUUUAUUUAAAAAUAUAAGUUUUGGCCAUGUCGAGUCGAAUUAGAGUAUUUAAUUAUUUAUUAUAACUAACCUAAUGGGGCUCAGUCAGAAUACUAACAACUGAAAAUAUCUAAACACUAACUCCAAGAACAUAUUUGAGCGAAAAAUAUAGUGCAAAUCAAAUAUUGGUUACUCAUAUAAAUAAUAAUAAAGUACAUUACCAUACAAGUGCGAAAAACGGAAUUCGCAACGAGUGACGAUAAAUUGAAACACGAUCGAAGGGAGCGUUUUAAAUCCACACGUACCUUUUCGCACGUGUAUUGUACAUGUACAACGUUUUACAGUACAUACGGCCCUUUAAGUUUUUGACAUAGGCACGUAUUGUCCUUAACACUUUGACUACCGAGAACCCGCGUGGUAGGCACUCGUAAUGUUUGCUCAGAUGCCGGACAACCCGCCCAGCGGGUUGUUUUGUACGCAGAUAUAGAGGACCGGUUUCUGGGGUAGUGUGCCGUUUUUUGCCCGGUUGCGAAAGUGUUAAUCCCGCUCUAGGGCGGUAAAGUACCACCAUAUGUGCUGUAAAACAAUUAUGCACUACAUUUGUACAAGUCUGUGAUGAUUGCUAUACUGACAUACAACUAACAUAUACAAUAAGCUCAUUUGCGCGUCGCAUGACGUGAGGAUCGCCGGUUAGCUGCUACUUAUCACAACGCCUAACCCUUUCACUGCCUUCCUACCCAAUAUCUACCUACUUGUAGAAACUAAAAAAUAUCAGCGAUAGGGUAAUUCGCCAGUAACUGGCCACUGUUAGUCAUUGGCCACCCUAAACUUAAAAUGAAUUGUAUUAACCAAUAAACAGAAUUCAUUUCUUCAGUAUAGGUAAUGCUAUCAAAAAAGCCGGUCGUACAAAAAUUAGAAAACGUCUAUGUCUAUGUGUACUGACAUUUUAAAUAGGUCUAUGCGGGUAAAUUAACUUAAUAAUAACAAUAUUGCAUUUCAAAAUUGUACUGGCCUGUAAAAAAUACAGAUUAUAAAAUAAAGUCAAAAAUAUGUGUGUAUAAAGCAUAAGUGUAUAACGAAAGUGAUAUUCAUUUGAUAUGGCACGAUGUACUUAAUAAUAAUUACAUUCUUAAAAAUAUAUUUGUUCGAUUUUUCUAAAUUGUGAUUUUAAUAUAUGCAAAUAUCAUGAGAGAAUAGAAAAGAUAAUAAUCAUAAAAUUAUUGUAAAAGUAAAAAUAGUAAAGAUGUCCAAUGUAAAUAUGUAUAAAGUAAACAAUAAUCGACGUAUCACAAUAAAUAAUUAAUUAGUAUGUAAAUUGUGAAGUAGCUGCAUACAUGUCAUAGAGAAAUAAGAAAGAGUGGUAACUCCAUACAUCACUGCUUGACGCUAGAUGUGGACUACGAUAUAACUCGCCAGGGUGGCCAACUCCAAUUUUUUUUUACCCCUGAGCUCAACUUAAAAACCCCUAAAACUGUACUAUUAUUUUGGAAAACCCACUAAAUAAAAAAUAAAAUAAAUUAUUAUAGAUUUUCCAAAUUUAGAACAUUAUUAUGAUUUUCAACCGGUUCGACAUUUUAAUGAUCAUACAUAUGAACGUUAUACAUAGAUGGUCAAGAAAAUCCUGUCAGUAGAAAAAGGCGCGAAUUUCAAAUUUUCUAUGAGACGAUAUCCCUUCACGCCUACAUUUUUUCAAAUUUGCCGCACUUUUCUACUCUAAAAAAACCCUAAAAAAACCACUAAAAAUAUUUAGCCCCUAAAAAAACCCCUAGCCGGUUUAUUUCCCCCUAAAUUUAGUGGUAAAACCACUAAGUUGGCAUCCCUGUAACUCGCAUUUUGGCAAGAAAACUGAUGUAUGGAGUAACCGCUCUUUCUUUAUGGCUCCUCUACACGAUGGGCCAACGCCGACCAUUCCAUGGGACGCAUUUAUGCGUUAGAGGGAGCAAGUGAUAUUGCUAUCUUAUUCUACCGCAUGCCUGCGUCCCUUGGAGUGGCCGGCGCUGGCCCAUCCUGUAGAGGAGCCAUUACUCGUACAUGUCAACUUUCCAGCCCGAGACGGGGCAGGAGAAAUCGCCAUCAGAUAUAUCGGAGCAGCCACGGUGCUCACAAAUAUCUGAACAAGCCUUAGAGUGAGUGUGAUAUUUUAGAGCACCUCGCCCGCUCUCAUACAUCUGAAGGCGACUGUACAAACGUAUAAAAACAAAUUCGAUUAAAAUAUAGUACUCAUGAGAUUCAUUUAGGGGUCUUUUUGAAGAGAUCACUUAUAAAAUUUGUAUUAAAAAAAUCGUAAAAAAAUGGUACAAAUUCAUUCAUCUGAGUAUGAUCUGGGCCGAUUAAGAUUCUGUUAUUUUUUUUUUAGUUAGAAUUUGGGUUUGGGAAAUAUGAAGCGCUCCUCAUUCCGUGCAGAAUAAACGCGAGAUGAGAAUUAAAAUAAGCAAUUCUCCGUUAGUUGAUUUACGACAAAAGAAGAAGAUUUUUAGAAAAUACGGUAAAAUUGCGCUUGUAGCACAGAAUAGGAAACUCGAUCUUUUCACCAUUUUCUAUCAUAACUGACGAGAAAUUCGGCAGAAAAAAAGGGCUUUGGGUUUGAACAAGUUCUUUGCUUAGAACCCAAUUUAGGUUGCCAUUGAAUGUCUAUCGUUCUGUACCUACAAAGUAAUGAGAAAUGUUUUUACUAAAAAUAUCUUAGGGUGUAAACCGGUUAUUUAUUGUGAUAACCGGAUUUUCUUAUCUGUUAAACCGGUUUCCAUAAUUUAAAUCAAAAUUAACUAGAAAUUGCUUUAUAGGUAAUAUUAAUAAAAUUAAAUUGUUCUUAACCUAAAAGUGCCCAACGCCAUAAUAUUGAAGUGUUAAGAGGAAACGGUAUAGACGCUUCUCCAUACAAACGUAGUCCCCAUUUUACUCUCUGGAUUAGGGAUGUAACGAUACAUGAUUUUGCCGAUACGAUACCGAUACCGAUUUUUCAAGUAAAUAAUCGGCGAUACCGAUACAGAUACCGAUAUUAAUGGCAUAGUAGUUAGCUAAUAAAUAUAACAAAUAAGGAACUAUAUACUUAUUAUAAAACAUACAUAUGUAUUAAUAGACACUCGAAUUUGUGAAGUGUGAAAAACUGUAAAAAUGCCAAAUCAAAAUCAAAGAAAACAUUUAUUUAGGGGUACCACCAAGCAAUUAAUGCAAAAGUAAAUCCGAAUCAGUAAUUAUAGUUCACUUUAGGUAGUUUUUACCCGACUACAUCAACGCAAAAGGAGGGUUAUUUAUUAUGGAAACAAAGUGUAUUCAAAUUAUUAGCAACGUCAUUCGUUUUGCGCGCUUUUCAAACUGUAACAUCGGCUGAAUUUAAAUCGGCGAUGCCGAUAUAUCGGUCUGCCUUGCCUGCUUGUCAAAAUUUGGAGCGAUUAACAAAUUUCAUACACUACUAGUCAAAUCAGUGUCUUUUUUCGAACUGUUAAAACGAUAUUACCACUAUGGAAUUUAUAUGAAACACUAGCAUGUGACGUCACAAUCAAAUUACCUACUCUUUAUAGUUUUAUACGGGGUUUAAAAUGGAAAUUGUGUCUUAAAAUAACUGCUGUCUACGUUUCUCUAUUAAUCUUCUGGUGCUUUAUUUCAUGCAUGGUGUAAAAUAAUUUAUUUUAAAUACAGUCAAAUACACUAUAAUCAAAAGUUCGAUACCAAUCAAACGUAGGGGCAUAGUUGUGGUUGACACGGAACCAAUCGUGUCAAAAUAUUUUCAAUAAUGUUAAUAUCCAGAGAGGAAAAAGUGGACUACGUUUGUAUGAAAAGGCGAUUUCGCGCAGAGCCUCCAUUUUUGUCUUAAAGCAAAGGGCUAAGUCAUCUUAAUAACUACAAUUGUACUAAAAAAUAGGCAAGAGGAUAUGUACAACUAAAAUUACAUCACAUCCAUCAACCAUAGACAGAGCAAUUACUAAGACUCGUAA